AUGUCCAAACGGGUGACAGAGUGCAGUGAUGGUAAUGAUGUGAAUGAAAUGAGAAACGUGGCACAUAACGGUUCUGAUGACUUGAUUUCGUCUUUUAUAGCGGCAACAAGAGAAGACUGGAACUCCUGGGAGCAAACACAUCUGCUACCUUGUUACAUAGAGAAUGUUAUUGUUGAUGUGUUUAUCAAGUAUAGAUUAAAGUUGAUGUUUCUGGAGGCGAGACUGGAAUGUUUCCGACGCCGCGGCCAGAACACAACAUAUUCAAAUGUAAUGCUUUCAGCAGAAGACUCAGAAAAGAAGAUACGACGUACCAUACGACAGCAGACGGAGGCAGCAAUAGAGCGUUUAGCCGAUGUUGCUGUUCUCUGCUGGGUAGAAGAAGAUAUACACCGAGAGAUUGACGCAUUUUGUAUCGAUACAUUGAAUGCGGCGGGCGGAACGAUGCUGCGAAAUAUUGUGCGGGAACUCGUCGCGGAGAGUUUCUGUGGCGGAUGA